AUGGCCGAUCUUGCGAGUCGCAUCACCGAGCCUCCUGCUGAGCCCGCCGCCGAGGGUGCAGGCCAGGUCGAUGGCACUGUCGAGGCCCUCGGUGGCUCUGGUCUUAUCGAGAAUACCUACGAUGUUGAUGUCAAGCUGGGUGACCUCCAAUCAGACCAGAACAGCACCCUCUACUCGGUUUCGACCUUCGCCGACAUGAACCUCCCCGAUCCGAUUCUCCGUGGUCUCCUUGCUCUCAACUACCAGAAGCCCUCCAAGAUUCAAGAGAAGGCUCUCCCUCUCAUGCUCACGAACCCUCCUCGUAACAUGAUCGCGCAGUCACAAUCCGGAACGGGCAAGACUGCUGCCUUUGUUGUUACGACCCUGUCGCGAGUCGAUUAUACUCAGCCAGAGCAGCCUCAAGCAUUGAUUCUCGCACCCAGUCGUGAGCUUGCCCGUCAGAUCGAGGGAGUCGUCGGCAGCAUCGGCCAAUUCUGCGAGGGUCUGAAGGUGGCAGCAGCUCUUCCAGGUGCUUUGGAGCGCAACGCUGUUGUUAAAGCCAAUGUUAUCGUGGGAACCCCCGGUACCGUCAUGGACAUCACCCGCAGACGUCAGCUGGAUGUAUCGAAGCUUAAGCUCCUCGUUAUUGACGAGGCCGACAAUAUGCUCGACCAGCAAGGACUUGGUGACCAAUGUGUUCGCGUCAAGAGCAUGCUUCCUCGCGACAUCCAGAUCCUCCUAUUUUCCGCUACCUUUCCGGAUAAGGUUAUGGGUUUUGCCGAGAAGUUUGCGCCCAAGGCUGAUCAGAUCCGUCUGAAGCACACCGAGCUCACUGUAAAGGGUAUUUCUCAGAUGUACAUUGACUGCCCUACUGAGCAGGACAAGUACGACGUACUUGUCAAGCUUUACGGUCUCAUGACGAUUGGCUCUUCCGUCAUUUUUGUCAGGACUCGUGAGAGCGCCGACGAAAUCAAGCGCAGAAUGGAGGCAGAUGGCCACCGUGUGUCCGCACUUCACGGUGCCAAAGAUGGUCCCGAGCGUGACCGCCUGCUUGAGGAGUUUAGAAGCGGCCAGGCCAAGGUUCUCCUUACCACGAACGUUCUGGCCCGUGGUAUCGAUGUGUCAAGUGUGUCAAUGGUCAUCAACUAUGACAUUCCUAUGAAGGGACGCGGCGACUCCGAACCCGACCCCGAGACAUACCUGCACCGUAUUGGCCGUACCGGACGUUUCGGACGCAUCGGUGUCAGCAUCAGUUUCGUCUAUGACAAGAAGAGUUUCUAUGCCCUCAAGCACAUUGCCGAAUUGUACGAAAUCGAUCUCGUGCAGCUAGAUGCCAACGACUGGGAUCAGACGGAGGAGGAAGUCCAGAGGGUCAUCAAGUCCAACAGAGCCAAGGCUGCGUUCGCUCCGAGCGCCACCGAUGCCAAGCAAUAG